GCGAAUGUUAUGUGGCAGAUGGGUUCGUGACCGCUAGGGCGUCUUCGUACUAGAGUCUCUGUUUCCGAUUUCCAAGCAAGUAUAUCGGACAAUAGCAAAAGUCAAAGCAUUCCAACUUACUGCUUGAUGUGUUUGUGACGACGAAAAAGAAGUGAACCAAGUAAAAAAAACAACAAGAUGAAGGAACCCCCUGAUAUUUUUGUUUCAUCUGACCGUGCUGCUGACAAUCACAUUAACCCUUUCGCUGACGACACGAAUGACAAAUUACCAGCAGUACAACCAGGCCUUUUCACGACUGCGUCUGCGUCUCCAACUACAUCGGACAAGAAAGGCACGACGGGAAUUAUAGGAGAAGCUGUGCCUCCACCAUCAGUCACCAUUCUCGGGCGGUCCAGCGAGAACUUCGAUCUGGAAAUAGCCGAGAGCCGUGGCUUAUCCUGUGCAAAAGUAUCCUUAACUAGUACCAAAUAUAGCCGCCGGGGCGGGGGUAGUGAGGUCGUGGGCGUUUUCUUGCCCGCCGGCCGCCGCCAUGGCCGCGGCUUUGCUUUUUCUGGACUCGCCAUACCGCCGUGAGUAACGUUAGGCCGCACGGUAUGGCGGCCGCUUGCUAAACGUAGCAAAUUUUGGCAAAUUCCCGAUAUUCCUUUCCGAAUGCCAGCCCCCACGCUAUGGGGCCGAUUCGGGUGCCACGGGGGGUCCCCAAAAAGCGAAGAAAAAUCGGGCCCCUAGCAUGCGGAUUGGCUUUGCGCGUCUGGCGCGCUUUUGCUUUUUUGCGUUUUUAUUUUUCUAGCCGGCGCUUUUUGCAAAGCUUCCCAGGCUCUGAAGCCGGCGAAAAUGCGGCCGCUUUCGAGGUCGCCCAAAAUGCUCCGAAAUCGCGGCCGUGCCAUGCUGUUUCGCUAUUCUGAUUCUGGGCGCGUUUUUUUCGCGUGUCUUUUUGGGCGCCCCAAACCGCCAGAAAUCAAGGCGGUGGGGCCCUCAGAAGGGCGCCGCUUUCGCUGGCUCCCCUGCGUCGUUUUACCCAGCGGCGAGCGAUAGAAUCCGCUGGCGAUUCGGUGCCGACAAAGCCAAAGCCACUUAAUAAUUGAAAAUCUUUUUUGUCAAAAAACACUUCCGCCCGCUUGAAAACUGCCGGUCGUUUUGCUGUCUGGGUGGCAAAAAAACUCCCCGGUUAGAACCGUUCGGUGACCUCACUACAUACUAACUGCGUUUAUGCAUUACAACUUUGCUACUUGUUAAGGAAUUUUCGCAUUAAGUCAAUUUGUGACGCAUGCAAUUUGUACUAAGUAGUGCGAUACUUUUGCGAUGCAUAGGGCUACGACCACCUCAAGGAGAUUGAGGAUCUGAUGCAGCGGAAAAGCGGAAAUAACGGUAUCAAUUGCAAACAUGUCUGGGCUUGGAUAGAGGCACGCGAUUUGUCAUACUGAGCUGUUGUACUAUGGGAUGGCAGAAAUGACAAUGAAACGUCUGAAGCGGCUUGGCCGCAUUAUAUUUUGCUUUGUUGUUCUUCUUCUUCUUCUUGCGAAUGCGUAUGCAACCGCAUUCCAUUGUGCAUGACAAACUCUCUCGCUGCACGACAGCAGAAAAAGCGGUCGCUCCUACUAUAUGCAUCAUGGAUUUCCUACUUGUCGUUCAGCUUUCGCAACACAGAUUCCGAUCCAGAUUUACAUAUUUGCAAUGGAGAAACGGCGCAGAAGAGGAAUUUCUCAGCUUCGACGAUGCGCGAUUGCAGUUUGUGCAAGAGUAUCAAAUGUGCAAAAGUAUCGUACUACUCCUCGCGCUCGCCAUCUUUCUACAUAAUAAUCACACAUGAUAUGCACAUGGUGCAAAUCCAAAUCUCUUUGUUCUAUCUAAAUCUGCAUCACUUACCGCGCUGGGGAAGUUUGUAAGUCCGAUCACAACAAGAGCCAGCACUUGUUCUAGUAGCACGAUAUUGCUUUUGCCUUUGAUAGUGAAAAGAUGCUGGCGUCAAACAUCGAUCCAGAUAGUAUGGCGUUCUCAUAUGUUACAUUCUCAGCUGUUACAUGAUUUGUCAUGCAAAAUGACCACGAUCCCGAUCCGCAAGACAAUCAAGCUGCUUCGCAUGACAAAUCAUCGAAUGGCUAUAACAGCAUCUAAAUCCGUGCCAAAUUUGUGAUGCAAGACUUGCAAGCUUUCCCCUUUCCCUAUUGCUGUUUUUGCACGACAAAUCCAUGUAACAGUUGAGAGUGUAACAGUUGAGAACGCCAUAGAUAGCGGGCUGCCGAUCGAUCACAAAUUGUUUACCUUUGACAGCAGGAAUAUGCAGGUGGCUAAAUUUGUUUUUGCAUCUGGUUCACGAUGACGAGUAGGAGUAGUUCCGCGACAAAUCGAGUUGAGCUUUUCGCACCUUCACGACAUUGAGUUCGUGCAGUAGAACAGCUGCUACUUCUGAUGAUGAUUUACUUAUCCACGAAGGACAGGAGCGUGCGCGUGGUGCAGCCAAAGCAGCAAUUUGGUCGUCCAAAUGUCGCAUCAUCAAUUGAUCAAAUUCAAACGCAUGAUGACAAAUGAAAAUAAAGAUCAUUGCUCAGUUGUCCUCCCCGGCCCCCGGGCCGCUUCACGACCACCAGCAACGAGACGUAGGAAUCAUCUAUCCCGAUACUGGUUCUUCUACGUCUUUUUCCAGCUACUUCGAUAUCCCCUGAAAAUUAAGCAUUCCCAUCCAAUUUGUCAUGCAAAACAUGUAGCGAAUUCGGUGUUUGUCAUGCAGAAAAUGGAUGGGGAAGGGGAUGGUAGAUUUUCAGAGAAUAUUCGAAAACGGAAAUUUGCCACGCGUGUCCGCCUCCAUCUUGUACUCCACGGACUAUACGUAUCCGCAGUAAAUUUCCUGUACACGUACAAAUGCUGUCUCUGCAUGACAAAAUCUGCCUUCAAUCCUAGUGUAGCCUGACAAGUUGCACACUGCAAGUUAGCAAAAUUUGUCAUGCAUUUUGUACAUGUACAGGAAAUUUACAUUGCAUAAUACGAGACGGAUGCGGCGGGUGAGUGACUUCCAACACUCUCAUGGCGUCUUUUUCUCCAUUACCAGCCUGUUUCUCAACCGGAGUUUGUUCUUCUUCUUCUUCGCAGUCACCCUGGGCUUGACGAUUUUGGCGCUGUACUUCGACCUGUCAGUGAAGCAAGUGUACUUUAUUCUGUCAAGCACCACGGGUGGGCACGGCGGCGCAGUGGCAACUUCCUCUUCGAUAUCUUCGCGAAUUGGUGUAUGGAUGUGUCAGGUUUGAAAUCGUCAAAGUUGAAAUACUUUGUCAUGCAUAAAACGGAUACCAGUUAGACCUACAGUUUGUAGUCGGUGCAUGACAAAUUUUCCCGGUCAUGGAAGCGAGUCUGUCAUGCGGUUUAGGGCAAAAGAGCUGCCUUCUGUCAUGCUAGUCAGCAGUCCAACUCUUGACCCUUACCAACACUAUAAUCUGCCUCUCGUGGGGCCUCUGCAAUAGAGUCACUUUUUCUUGUAUCGCAUUUUAUGCAUUUAAAUUAUUUCAACUUUGACGAUUUCAAACCUGACGCUUCCAUAUGGUGCAGAUGUGCGAGGACAGAAGGGAGGCAUUGGAAAUUUGAAAUCUGUGUAUGAGUCGACGAAUUCAAAUGGGUACCCUGGGUCCGUUUACGAAGGGGAGGGGGACGAAAGGACAUCCAAACAUAAAGUAUCGAACUGAGCCGACAAAAUGAAAGUGAAACAUCAACAUGACUAAGCUAUAAUUGAAUUGAGCCGUAGCUUGCAUCUGUACAAUAUCUUCAUACACUCGGUGUUGAAGUAGUAGCAUUGCACAGAAAUAAAGACAGUUGCAUAACUGUACGCCACAGUAUUGAUUGCGCUAUCUCGCACUGGCGUUCUUGACGGCGAUAGUGUUGCACCUAAAGCGAUAGUGUCACUAAGUCUCUAUCACAGCACUAGCGCAAUGCAGGAGCGAGUCCUUGCUACUUAGGAGGAAUAUUAAUCGUUCACGUCGAGAUCUUCUAGCAUGAACCGAAACUGGGAAAGAUUAUCUUCACCCGGCAAAUCUGUCAUGCGUGAAGCGAAACUGCCCUCUAAUAAACACGUACUUAACUUUGAAAUGAAUCGCAUUUAAUUUCGCCCUGCUACUACUACACUACUACUUGGCUUGAUGAUGGCGAUCACAAAUGGAAAUGAAAGAUGAAGAAAGAU